CUACGUUUGCUUUUGGACCCGUCCAGAUCUCCAUCUAUCGUUCAUUUACCAUGUCACAGGAUCUGUUGCCCGUUUACUUUGCCGUCGGACCUGGCCCCAACGAGAUCACCUGCCCACACUGCGGCACCAAGGCCAAGACGCGUGUGGUCCGCUCCUGGCUGCGCUGCUGCACGAAGCGGCACCAUUGCGGUGCCUGUGGCGAGUACUUGGGCGUGUACCGCAGGCCCCAGCUAUAGGGAAGUCUCACACACAUCAUGUAACAUACAAGUGCAAUAAAGAGAUGAGA